AUAUUCCAAUUGUCACGCUCAAGAUGGGCUCAACGUUGAACCCAGAGGAUAUUAAAGAAGGAGACGAUGUAUAUUUUGAAUGCAAUAUCCGGUCCAAUCCCAAAGCCCACAAGCUCUCAUGGUUUCACAACGGUGUUGAAAUAUACCAGAAUGUCACUGCAGGAAUCAUCAUGAGCGACCAGAGUUUGGUCCUUCAGAACGUUGGAAGAGCAACGGCGGGAAAAUACACCUGCAUGGCUACCAAUUUGGAGGGCAAAGGAUCUAGCAAUAAUGUCGUGCUUAUAGUGAAAUGUAAGUACUGA